CCCCCCUUCCCUCCCGCUUCCUUUCCUGAACAAUUCAACCAACCUUAACUUUCUUACCUGGACGGAGAAAUCGAUAUCGGCAUCCCCAUCUGAUCGUUACUGGCUCGGCCCCUAGCAAAGACCGCAUUGUUUACCCCUACCUCGGUCCUGCCAUAGAGGCAACAACGUAACCACCAUGAGCUUGGUCGGUAACUUCACAUCAAACAACGACCGGGAGGCCACCCAUAACGGCGUUUCCCCCAUGGAUGCUGUUCGAAGGAACUCGCACACUCCCCAUCUGGAUUCCGAGGCUUCGACAAUCGCACCCCACCAGGAUGGCGCACAUUCGCGUGACAACUCCAACAACGAACGCUCGGACCUGAAGAACGCCCAGGGAACCAGCAACAACGACAACGACGAUUCCAGCAUGGAGAGGAGAGAAGAGGAGGUCCACCAAUUGGCAAGGCGAUAUACCACCCAGAGCCACUACUCCACCACUGGCCAGAACCCGUUCAGCGCUGAGCCUGGUUCGACCCUGGACCCUACUGGCGACCAUUUCAACGCCAGAGCCUGGUGCAAAGCUAUGCUGCACCUUCAGACCGAAGACGAGAAGGCACACCCCGUCCGCACUUCUGGAAUUGCAUUCCGCAACUUGAACGUCCACGGUUUCGGUUCCGCCACCGAUUACCAGAAGAGUGUUGGCAACGUCUGGCUGGAUGUCAUUGGUCUCGCAAAGAACGCCCUCGGCCAGAGCAAGAAGCGCAAGAUCGACAUCUUGCAGAACCUCGAUGGUCUUGUCGAGAGCGGAGAGAUGCUCGUCGUCCUUGGCCCUCCCGGAUCUGGUUGCUCUACCUUCUUGAAGACCGUGACUCGUGAGACCCACGGCUUCUUCGUCGACGACAAGUCAAUGAUCAACUACCAAGGUAUCAGCGCCGAGCACAUGUCCAAGCACUUCCGUGGUGAAGCCAUUUACACCGCUGAGGUCGACGUCCAUUUCCCCAUGCUUACAGUCGGCGAGACCUUGUACUUCGCCGCACGCGCUCGAGCACCACGUCACAUUCCUGGAGGAGUUUCGAUCCACGAAUAUGCCUGCCACAUGCGCGAUGUUAUCAUGGCCAUCAUGGGCAUCAGCCACACCGUCAACACCAAGGUUGGUAACGACUUCAUCCGUGGUGUUUCCGGUGGUGAGCGCAAGCGUGUCAGUAUCGCCGAGGCUGCCUUGAGCAUGGCCCCCUUGCAAUGCUGGGAUAACAGUACCCGUGGUCUCGAUUCCGCCAACGCCAUCGAGUUCUGCAAGACCCUCCGCAUGCAGACCGACAUCAACGGCGCAACCGCGUGUGUUGCCAUCUACCAGGCCCCACAGGCCGCCUACGACGUCUUCGACAAGGUCCUUGUCCUCUACGAGGGUCGCCAGAUCUUCUUCGGGCGCACCACGGCCGCCAAGCAGUACUUCGUCGACAUGGGUUUCCACUGCCCCGACCGACAGACCGAUGCCGAUUUCUUGACCUCCAUGACCAGCCCUCUCGAGCGUAUCGUCCGUGAGGGAUUCGAGGGCCGUGUUCCCAGGACCCCAGAUGAGUUUGCCCUGCGAUGGAAGGAGUCUCAGGAGCGUGCUCGUCUGCUCCAAGAGAUCGAGGUCUACGAACAGAAGUACCCGAUCGGCGGAGAGCACCUCCAGAAGUUCAAGGAGUCUCGUCGCGCCCAGCAGUCCAAGCGACAGCGCAUCAAGUCUCCCUACACCUUGUCUUACACCCAGCAGGUCGGCCUCUGCCUCAGGCGUGGAUUCUGGCGCCUCAAGGCUGACCCUAGCAUCACAUUGACCCAGCUCAUUGCAAACUCGAUCAUGGCCCUUAUCAUCUCCAGCGUUUUCUUCAACUUGAAAGAGGAUACCAACAGUUUUUACCAGCGUGGUGCUUUGCUCUUCUUCGCUAUUCUCAUGAACGCUUUCGGUUCUGCUUUGGAAAUUCUUACACUCUACGCCCAACGUCCCAUCGUCGAGAAGCACUCCCGUUAUGCUCUUUACCACCCAUCUGCCGAAGCAUUCGCGUCCAUGUUGACAGAUAUGCCUUACAAGAUUUGCAACGCGAUCCUCUUCAAUCUGGUUCUCUACUUCAUGACCAAUCUUCGCCGCGAAGUGGGCCCGUUCUUCUUCUUCACGCUUAUCUCGUUCACGCUUACGCUCGUCAUGUCCAUGUUCUUCCGAUCGGUUGCCUCUCUUUCCAGGUCUCUCGUGCAAGCCUUGGCUCCCGCAGCCAUCUUGAUUCUCGGCUUGGUUAUGUACACUGGUUUCGCUAUCCCACCAACUUACAUGCUUGGCUGGGCCAAAUGGAUCAGUAAAAUCAAUCCCGUCGGUUACGGUUUUGAGUCAUUGAUGAUCAACGAGUUCCACAACAGGGACUUCCCUUGCGUCAACUUCAUCCCCUUCGGCCCUGGCUACGAGAGUGUGGGUGGCGACAACCAUGUCUGUUCCACUGCCGGAUCGAUCCCUGGCCAGCCUUUCGUAAACGGUGAUACCUACAUCCGGGUCUCCUACGACUACCUCCACAGCCACAAGUGGAGGAACUUCGGAAUUCUCUGGGCUUUCAUGAUCGGUCUUAUGGGUGUGUAUCUCGUUGCCACUGAAUUCAUCACUGCCAAGAAGUCAAAGGGUGAAGUUUUGGUUUUCCGUCGUGGUCACACUGGUCUUGUUCCCAGCAAGUCUACUGAUGAUUUGGAGGCUGCCCCAGCCGCUCGCCCAGUCGGUGCCGAGAAGACUCCCUCCGACAACAACAUUGCCAUCAUCGAACGCCAGACCGCCAUCUUCCAGUGGAAGGACGUGUGCUACGACAUCAAGAUCAAGGGUGAACCUCGCCGUAUCUUGGACCAUGUCGAUGGAUGGGUCAAGCCUGGAACCCUGACUGCUCUUAUGGGUGUCUCUGGUGCCGGAAAGACUACGCUCUUGGACUGCCUCGCUACUCGUACCACUAUGGGUGUUAUCACCGGAGAAAUGCUCGUCGACGGCAAGCCUCGUGAUGAAUCCUUCCAGCGCAAGACCGGUUACGCUCAACAGCAAGAUCUCCAUUUGUCCACUUCGACCGUCCGUGAGGCUCUCACUUUCUCCGCCCUUCUGCGCCAGCCCGCCCACGUCCCCCGCGAAGAGAAGCUUGACUACGUCGAGGAGGUCAUCAAGCUUUUGGAAAUGUCCGAGUAUGCCGAUGCCGUCGUUGGUGUUCCCGGUGAAGGUCUCAACGUUGAACAGCGCAAGCGUCUUACUAUUGGUGUCGAACUCGCUGCAAAGCCUGCCCUCCUUCUCUUCUUGGACGAGCCUACCUCCGGUUUGGACUCUCAGACCUCUUGGGCUAUUCUUGAUCUACUUGACAAACUGAAGAAGAACGGCCAGGCCAUUCUCUGCACUAUCCACCAGCCUUCUGCCAUGUUGUUCCAGCGUUUCGACCGACUUCUUUUCCUCAAGGCCGGCGGUAAGACCGUGUACUAUGGUGACGUUGGCGAGAACUCCAAGAUCCUCAUCGACUAUUUCGUCCGCAACGGUGGUCCUCCCUGCCCUCCUUCUGCCAACCCUGCCGAAUGGAUGCUUGAAGUCAUUGGUGCAGCCCCCGGAUCUCACACUGACAUCGACUGGAAUGAGGUAUGGCGCAACAGUGCCGAGUAUGCGUACGUCCAGCAGCACCUUGCCGAGCUCAAGCAUGAACGCGGUCAGGAAUCUGCUCUUCAACGCACCCUUUCGGCCCAGAAGCGUGAGGACAAGGCUAGCUACCGUGAAUUCGCCGCUCCCUUUGGCGAGCAGUUGCGCGAAGUCACCGUCCGAGUCUUCCAGCAAUACUGGCGUUCCCCUUCGUACAUCUACUCCAAGUCUGGUCUUUGCAUCUUCUCGGCUCUCUUCAUCGGUUUCUCACUCUACAACACUCCCAACACCAUGCAGGGAUUGCAGAAUCAAAUGUUCUCCAUCUUCAUGUUGAUGACCAUCUUCGGACAGCUCGUGCAGCAGAUCAUGCCCCACUUCGUCACUCAACGUGCCUUGUACGAGGUCCGUGAGCGCCCAUCCAAGGCAUACUCCUGGAAGGCCUUCAUGAUUGCCAACAUCGUCGUCGAACUCCCAUGGAACACUCUCCAGGCUGUCUUCAUCUUCCUCUGCUGGUACUAUCCCAUUGGUCUCUACCGCAAUGCCGAGCCUACCGACGCUGUCCACCUCCGUGGUGCUCAGAUGUUCUUGCUCGUCUGGACCUUCUUGCUCUUCACUUCCACAUUUGCCCACAUGGUCAUUGCUGGGGUGGAAAUGGCUGAAGCUGGUGGCAACAUUGCUAACUUGGCCUUCUCUCUCUGCCUCGUCUUCUGCGGUGUUCUCGCCACCCCCGAUCAGCUCCCUGGCUUCUGGAUCUUCAUGUACAGAGUCUCGCCGUUCACGUAUCUCAUCUCAGGCAUGUUGGCUACGGGCGUGGCGAAUCAACGAGUCGAGUGCGGACCCAACGAGUACGUCCACUUCAACCCUGUUCAGGGCAGCUGCUACGAAUACAUUGAGCCAUUCGCCAAGAUGACUGGCGGUUAUGUCUCCAACCCCAACGCCACCGAGAACUGCAGCUACUGCGCCAUGGGAGACACCAACAUCUUCCUUGCAGGCGUCAACUCUGACUACGGUAACGUCUGGCGCAACUUUGGCCUCAUGUGGGUGUACAUCAUCUUCAACAUCUUCGGCGCUUGCUUGCUCUACUGGCUCGUCCGUGUACCCAAGGUCAAGAAGGAGAAGGCCGAGGAGACCACGGCCGCCCCGUCUGCUGCCGCCGCCAACAACGCCGCGAGCCGCUCCAGCGAGAGCAGCCGGGGUGAGGAAAUCCCCAACAAGGAGGUCUCCAGCGGGCCUCAGUACGCAUCGAUCAAUCCCGGCCAAUCCGAGAAGUCGAUGGUAUAGAGAACGCCUUCCCGCUCAUGUUGUGUCCUUCCGCGCCAUCUAAUGUCCUUUCUUUGGCUUUGGCUACUCUUGCCUCAUUUCUCGUCCUUUUCACGCAUGCAUUGGCGUUCUUCAGGCGGCGGCCACUAUUUCCAAUAAUUUCUUGACCGGCCAAUUCUUCCUCUCUUUUGCGUUUUCUUGUUUUCUCUCUUCA